GCCACGCCCCCUAACCCGAGGUCCUCGAGGGGAACCACAGCCUCUCUCGCUCCCAGGUCGUCGACGUCGCAGUGCAUUCGCGUCUCAACUUCCAAACGCCCAAGACAUAUAAAAGGACUCCCGCUGAAACCCAGUCGAUAGAUAAGAGAGGAAAAUAUCGAAAAGGAAAUUAUUCCCUCUGUCUUUUCACCCGACUUUUCCCCUCUUAGCCGAAGGGAAAUAAAAAAAAAGAGCAAGUGUGGAUUUUAUAAGUGCCGUCUGCGUGACUAGGAAAUAUUUCCCCUCGACGCAGAAGGGAAGGUGAGAAACGCGCCACUGCAGUCAGUCUCUCGCUUGUGUCGAGGUCUCAGCACUCGAGCCUAAGACGUAUUCUUGACUGUUGACUUCGACGUCAAACAUGAACAACAUGAAAAUCGCAGUCGGGAUGGUCCUUCUCCUGGCCACACUGCAUGGCGCUAAGGCCUGGUUCUGCUACUCGCAAACCCCCGGCAGCACCGAGAAGGCCGGCUGGGUGUUCUGCCCAAGCACAUCCUGCUAUACAGUUGCCGUCAGCCUGUUGGGAAUGGGCGACGCAAAACGAGGCUGUGCAGACAAAACUUACCCCGAUGCCUGCCAAGAGGCCUCUGCCAUUGCAGCUUCCGGCAACGUCUGCUUCUGCAACACCCUCCUUUGCAACGAUUCCUCUGCCAAGGUGCCGGCUUUGUCCCUGCCGUUCCUCGCCCUCGCCUACCUCCUCUUCCACAGGCUCAUGUAGAAGAAACAGGGAUUGUAAAGGGGAACAGGAGACGUGUUGGCAGACGCUGAGGACUGUCUUUGUUUCUCUGCAGUGAAUUUGUCUUCUUUUGUUGUUGUUGUUGUGUUUGUUCACUGUAUGAGUUUUUAGGUUUGGGUGUAGAGGUGUUUUUUUUUUUCAUUUAAGUGUUUGUUUGUUUUGUUUUGUUUUGUUUUUUUAAAUAUUUUUUUUUUAAGGGGGAAGUUAAGUGGUCUUUGAGGGAUGCUUUGUUUUGUUUGUAUGUUUGUUUGUUCGUUUGUUUUGGGGGGUGAGUCCUUUAUUCUCUCAUUUCUCUCUGCCUUUUCGUGUCUUAUUUGAUGUAUUAUGAAGAUUCAUGUAGGAAGUGGAAUUAGAGAGAGGAGAGGAAAGGAAGGAAGGAAGGAAGGAAGGAAAUGAAGGAAGGCAGGAAGGAAGAGAGGAGGUGGAGAUGAGUAACGAAGGGGAGAAGGAGAAGAGGAAAGGAAAGAAGGAAGAGGAGAGAAAUUGGAAGAGGGCAAGGAGGAAGACAAGGCAGAUGAGAAGAAAGAAGAGGAAUGAAGUAUAGGAAAGAAGAAGAAGAAGAAGAGCCGAGAAAUAGGAGUAAAAAGAAGACGACGAGGAGGAGGAGGAGUAAGAGAAAGAUGAAAGAAUCGAGAACGAGAAUCAGAGAGAAAGAGAGGGGAGAGGACGUGAGAAGAAGACCGUUUAUGUGUCUGUCGGUUUUUCCGUCAUGUUGUCUUUGGUAAUAGUAAAGAAUUUCGAUAUUUAGAUGUUAACGCUGGCACUGUUUAGCACUUUCAUCCCGCCAUGUAUCAUCGUGUGUCAUUUAUUUCUUCAAUUUGUUUUUCUUUUUCUUUUUCUCUUUAGACUGGUGAAACCCUCUUGACUGUCCGUAACCAAUGUAAUUUUUUUUUUCUUUUGGAAGAAGAUUAAAAGAAACUCACAUAGUAUUUGUAUGCAUUUAUUUCAUUAUAUAUAUUUGUACGUACAAAUAUUUACAAAUAUACAUAGAGGAUACGUGCAGCUGCCCCCCUCCCCCCGCCCCAACCCUAGCCCCCCCCCUCCCUCAUCUGCCCCCUUCUCCUGUACCCCCUCCCCCCAUCCCUACACGUUGCCCUAUGUCACCCAUUUUACGCAUCCAUUCAUUCACUACGUGGCAACAAUGUGUAGGACCCCAACCCCUACCCCCUUCCACCCCCCCCCCCCCAUUUCGCUCUCUCCAAACCCUCCCCCAACUUCCCUCCUCCACCCACCUCCCUCCCACCCACCCCCACUCCACUUCCCUCGCUUCCCUCCUUCCUCCUUCUCCCUCAUCAUCCCUGACCCUCCCUUCCCUUUCCCCCUCCCCCUCCCCCCCCCUCCAUCCUCCCUCUCCCUCAUACCCCCAAUUUUGAGCUGCAGUAGACGAUUUUUCUCACACAUUUUCACCCAAGCGUUGGUAUGCAGUAUCGCCUAGAUGUACUCGUGUACUUGAACAUAAAAUACAUAAAAAAAGAAAAAAAAAGUAAUAAUGACUGUAAGAUCGAUUCCUUUGUCUAUGUGCAAUUUUAGCAAUAGGAACAAGAGUACCCUAGGCUGUGUUAGGGUACUUGACAAUGCACUGUAAUGUUUGAUUAAGUUAUUAACAUAAAACUGAAAUAUGUAUGUUGAUAAGGGAACAAGAUAUUGUAGUAGGCUGUACAAGACAAAUUGCAAUUCACAAAAGUCAGAGACGAAAUUUAGAGUAAAGAAGAAGAAGGAGCUUAAUCCAACAGUAGUAGCUAUAAAGUAUAUAAGCUAUAUAUAUAUAUAAGGCAAGUCAUUACAUUCUAACGAGACCAAAGAUUAACCGAAAAGAGUUGUUCAAUAUCCGUAGACUUUUCCCAGUAGUUGACCACAACAGAACAGUUUUGACUUAUCACUUAAUAUUGUCAGUGUCCCAGCUUCGCUAUGAGUAGAUUGCUACAUUGUCUCUUUAAGGAAAAUAAAAAAACACUACGAUAACAUUGGUAAUUAGUGUUACGAGGAAUAAGAUAAUUAUUAUACAAUAUACAUACAUUAAAUUUUAUCUGAAUUGAAAAAAAAAACACAUCGAAUAAAAGGUAAAAUUUAUAGUCACGUAGAUUUAGCAUAAAGGUAGUUGUAUCUUCUCAAAACAAAAGAUAUUACGUAGUACAGAUAGUAUUAGUAACAUCCACGUUUUAAUUUUUGUGUUGUUUAUUUUUUUUCCCUAAAUUUUCAUUCGCUAUUACACUCCUACAACAGUGAAAAUAAAAGGAUAAUAAUUCAGUUUUGGAAAUUAUAUAAACACACACACACACACUCACACAGCCGCGCCAUCCCUGUGUUAUGCAUAGUUGCCAGAGUCUUUGCUUCAUGAAAAACUGAAAUGUAGCGAGAUUUUUCCGUAGGUAUUUUGUAAGUUUUUUCUUCAUCUGCUGAAACUAAAAAAGAAAAAAAGAAAAAAAAAAUAUUGAAUAAAUAUAUAAGCUUGUGCGUGGCAACACAUGAAGAGCUUUGUAAUGAAUAUAAAUCUACUUUUUCCCUUGUAUCUUUAUUGGUCUUUUUGGAUACCUUUCCCGGAAUUGAAAUGUGGGAAGUUUGUUUGUGUAAAGAAAUUGAAAUUGAUCAAUAAAGUAGAUUGGGAAA